AUGGAAGUUACUGUUAUCAAUGCGACAUCAGCCGACUCCGUCAUGGCUGGAGGCUGUAAGUCGUGUUUCACCCAAGUAAUCUGUGUGAAAACAAUUUUGAUUAGCGCUUUGUUAGUUAUUGAGUAUUGCAUUAGCCGUUAAUUUCACAAAUCACGCACAAGAAAUCUAUACCGGGGUUUCUUUUCAGCUCAAACAGGGUUUUUUCCUCUGUAUACAAUUACCAAAAGUAAAGCGAACGGGAGGUAAAAAUAAGCAAUAAUUGUACGCGACCAAAUGCUUAUCUUUCGCCCAUUUCUAAAUAUUGUAACACAGCAUGUCGGUAACCAAAACCUAAAGGAAAACAGACUGGCGUAUAUAGUCAGAUGGUCCAUAAUUUUGUAUCCUGUUUUCCGAUUGUUUGAUUUGUUAAUUCACAGUUUUGUACAGCGACGGAAAUGAAUUACGGUUUACUAGUGUUAAUCUUUUAAAGAGCCCUUUUCCUUCAAAAAGUACGUUUAUCUGAAUUUGAAGAAGAAUUUUUUCCCCCAGCAUUGGCAUCUAAUUCAAAUAAUUCCUUUCGGUGUAAAGGGGUAGAAGAUCAUAGUAUUUAGCAGCCCCUUUGCGCUUACGGCUUUUCAAGGAAGAUCCUCCUUUCAUUGAUUAAUAGCAGCCAUGAACAGCUACUUCAAUUAAUUAAUCUCGUCAGAUUUUAAGGCUGUGUGUACACUAAAUAUACCGGAUAGAUUUUCAUGUCGGUGCAGUAUAAACACCUGUUUACAGUGCGCGAAAGAGUGGCACCGAAAUCUAAUUGUAAGAUUAGAUUAGAUUAUUCUUAUUGCGUAGACGGCAAAAAUUUAUAAUUAUUGGCUCGAAACGGCUACGGUAUAAUAGAAGGAACAACAGGGACAACAACAAAAAUCUUGAUUCUCCUUUUUCACUGAAAUUCACGGACCCGCAGGUAGCUUGGUCUAUUCUUGACUGGUCAUCUGUCAAGUAUUCUGUUAUGUACAAGAACAAGACAAAUGACAAGGAGCAGUGGAAAACUUAGACUCCCGUCUAUAAAGUUAGAAUGUACGAAAAAGCCUUUUUUUAUAAUGGUUGUGUAAUUUUUAAUCAGAUUUAGAUUUUUAGAUUUUUAAGAUUAAGUCUUUUAUAUAACAUUUUAUAGGUACUUUUAUUUGUACUUGAUUAUCACUAUUAUUUCUAUUCAAUUCAGUUUAUCAUAUAGAGCCUCUGUAGAUAGCAGUUUUUAUCUUGUCUUGGCUUUAUAGUCCCAGAUGUGAAAUACAACGAGGCUUACAUCUCAUUCGUUUUAGUCCAUCCAGAGUGGCGUCGAGCGGGGAUUGGAAACUACAUGAUUUAUCACUUAAUUCAAACUUGCUUGGGUAAAGACGUGACGCUCCAUGCAUCAGUCACGAAUCCAGCCAUGCUGAUGUAUCAGAAAUUUGGUUUCAAACCCGAGGAGUUCAUACGUGACUUUUAUAACCAAUAUUUACCCGACGAUAGUCCGCAGUGUAGUCAUGCGUUUUUUCUUCUACUCAGGAGAUAA